UGUGAUGCCGUGAGUUCAAACAAUGUCAUAACUGGUAGUAUUGGUCGGCGCGUAGUGCGUCCAGCUGUGGGCAUGUGAUAUUUAUAAGCUCGCCGACACACACUGAAAUUGUACGACCACGGACGUAUAGAGAAUAGUAGUGCUAAGAUGAGCAGUCAGCGCGGCAACACCAGCAGAGCAAGACCACAAAAACACAAAAAUGCAACAGGUUUCUCCAAUACCAGGCAUGACACAAGCAUCCGCACAAAACAGAUUCUUCAAGUGCAGCAGACAGGGCUGUGUGGCAGAUGUAAAGAGAAAAUUGCAUGGAAAGUCAAGUACAAAAAGUAUAAGCCCUUAUCUCAACCAGCUACAUGCACAAAAUGCCACCAGAAAACAGUAAAAAAGGCUUACUACACUGUUUGCCAGGUCUGUGCUGAAAGAGAUGGUAUAUGUGCUAAAUGUGCUCAGAAAGCAGAUAUUGUGGAUCCGUUUGAAGAAGAUAAGCAGAUGGAAGCAGCACAUCAGAGCCAACUUGAGCAGGAACUAAGGCUUCUGACAGAGCGGCAGAGAAGAAGCUUUUUUAGGCUACAAGAACAAGGGAAACUGAAAGGUGGUUCUACAAGUCUUGAUGACAGUUGCAAAGACAUUUCAGAUGUACAGGAGAGAGAUGUCCUCCAUGAUAAUGAGGAUUUAAGUGAUGGUUCUAAUGAUGGUUAUUCCAGUGAGGACAAUGAAAUUGAGCACAUAGAUGGGGACAACAAUUUUAAGGAACAUACCUCAAAACAAUGUUGAUGCGGACAAUGAAAGAUGUUAAAGAGAUUGUAAAGGCGAAAUAAAACUGCUUAGAAUCUUAUUAAGAGUA